GUAAUAAGUUCAGGUGCAAUGCCUCAAAUUCGAAGUAUCUCGUCACAUCCUCUUUUAUCGACGCAUAUUGAUGAAACGGGUGGAGAUUUUUCAUUAAAUAAUCAGUCUCUCACUUCUUCAAUAGAAGUAACAUUUAAAUUUUUGAAGAACAGAAUCGACGAGCUGGAAAAAGAAAAGGUUUUCACUAUUUUAUAUGUUUUUUUAUUUUAUUUCAUAUACUGUGAAAUUUUGAAAUUUUUAUUUCUGAAAAAAUAUUUAUUUCAGAACGAUCUUUCUUCUUCACUUCUCAGACUAAAAACGUCUUCAGAAAAGUCGAUUGAGGACUCUAAAGAAACUUUAAUUAAAACUGAUCAUUCACGGCAAUUGCUUAUUUCUCAGGAGGAGACAUUAAGGGCUAGAGAUCACGAAUAUAGAUCAUUGAAAACACGCAUAAUAAGUGCCGAUCUUCACACUCGAGAGAGAGAGGCUCAAAUAGGGGCUCUUAAAGUAAAUCUUUUUUGUUAUCAAAUAAUCAGAAAGAUUAUUUUAAUCAAAUUUAAAAUAAUCAACUUUUUGUUUCAAAAAUUUUUUUAUAAUUUUAGAAAUGAACUUGAAGAAACAAGGAAUCGUUUAUUAUCUGCAUCACAAAAAUUAUCCUAUGAAAAUGAUAAUCGACUUUUGGAAAAUGAAAUGAGACAUGAGUUGGAGAGACUAAGAACGGAAAAAUUGGUGUUGAUAAACGAUAUUGAUGAAAUGAAAAGACGUAUUCAAAAAGGAGAUGUGGAACGUCGCGAAUUUGACGCAUAUAAAGCUCGUCUUGAACGUGAACGUGCAGCUCUAAAGAGUCACGUUGAAGCGUUGGAAUUGAAUAAACAGAGAACAGAAUCAGCUUUGCGGAAAAUAACAACAGAACGACAAGCACUAGACAAAUCGCUUAUUGCAAUGGAAAAAGAAAACAUGGAACUAUAUAGAAAUUGUUCACACCUUCAAGAUCAGGUUGGUCAUAAUUUAUGCCAAAUUUACCUCUCCUUUUUCAAAUUUUUAGCGGGGAAAUUUCUUUUCUUAUAUCGCGAACAGGCAUUUGAACAAAGAAUUAAAAUGUUGGAAGGGAAAAACAUCUCUCUAAAAGAACACUUGGAUAUUGAAAGAAAAAGACGACGAGACUACGUAGAACGAGCUACAGCUCAUGAUCGAGGUAUUCGCGAAAUUAGGACAGUUUUAGACGAAUCUAUUGCAUCAUUACAUCGGAUAGCAAUUGAAGCGCCUGCUAAACAACGUCGCCGUACGGAUGGUGGUUUACGUAGUAGGCCACUUAGUGUUCCAAGAACUCUUCGCACUUGA